AUGGAGGAUGGAUCAAGAUUCAUUCUUUUUAAGGCUUGUAACUCAUGCCGGAGCCGGAAAUUAAGGUGUGAGGUCAAAUCGGGUGACUCUGCCUGCCGCAAAUGUCUGGAUCAAAAUGUGGAGUGCGUUUUUGACCACAAGCGACUAGGCACUCGGACAGUGAUCCUUUUUGAGCCGCAUGAGAAGCUAACGAAGUCUAAAAAACAUGACAGUGAUGGGGAUGGUAGCCAGCCACGAAAUGAACCACAUCAGAGGUCACAGAGACUGCGAGCCGGCCGAAGCCGUGCUGUCAUCUCGAAACCUGCCGGGCAAUUGUCUGGGACAACGCGACUGUCUGAUUCUGUUGCACUGAAAUAUUAUAAUGUGGGAAGUUUUCCCAGCUCGCCAAAAUACGAUGAGAGACAUGAUGCUCGUGAAGGACUACGAGAAACAUACUGCAGCAGAGUGGAGCCUUACACUCCAUUCGUGGCCCCUGCUGCCUUCGACAAUGAUGCAUAUUUCUAUCUCAGCAAGCUUGCAAAAUGCUGUGUGAACAUAGCAGCAUCAUCCUCGCCAAGUUACGAUACCCCACAGUCGACCUCGGAGCUUUUUUUGGAGAUCGUUGAGACGUUAAUCGAAGCCGAGACAGAAUGGUCCCAUGAUACACUUUCGUGUUUCUUCCUGAUUCCCCUCAGAGUGAACGUUUCAACUUCAAACGUGCAACUGUCUUUAGCACGAUUUAACGCUUUACAUGAUCUUGCUGGAAGAGAUGAUAAUCUGGUAGUGGGAGCUCUUUCCGUGGAUGCAUGGACUUGCCUGAUCAGGAAAGUUCCAUUGCAAACAGAUACAUCUCUCCUACCCGUCUUUGAGAACUACCUGAAGUCACUAGCUCAAUCCGCAUUUAGCUACCAUUUUCUAGCUGUUGGAUUUUUUCUGUACCGAUUUGAAGCUCUUCAGGCCAAAUGGAAGAGCCAUAAGUUUGAGCUCCUUCAAUUGGAGUUUGACAUGCUAUUAUGGCCUGCAAGACUAACCACCGACUUGUAUGUGAUUAGAGAUGAGCUUUUGGCUACGCCAGAGGCAUUUCUCUUACAUGUACUGCACAACACGCUAAUGGUUGCCUUUUAUGCCACAGCUGUGAUCAGAGGUGGAGAAUAUGGCUCAAAUUUGUCUAUAUUUGCAGUUCCAGGACUGUACACAUUUAUAGCUGGAAUGGCAAAGUCGAGCUUCAAAUUAUCGCCUUCAAUGGUGUGCCGGUGGAGCAUCGUGGCCGACUGCCAAAUUCUGACUGCAAACUAUCUGCUGGAUCUUUAUCAGGAAAUGGAAUUUGAAAAGUUUCGUGAGACCUUGUCGUAUUUCAAGAUCAACGGAAUUAUGAAUCAACGAAAAGCACACGCAGUAAAAGCUCAAAUCGAUGCUUUGCUACAGGGUGAGACCUUUGUGGAUGAUGAGUCGGACGGAAGUCCUGUGUUUUGGGUAUUCCGAGACAUCCGCAGCAUGACAUUAGAGCUUUAUCUGGAAGAGGAGAGAAAGAAGCGUACAAUGAGAUCCGAGGCCUUAUAA